UUGAAUGAUUGCAAUUGGAUUGAAAUUGCCACUGGCCUUCCAUCGGUCCAUGCCAGUGAAAAUGGUGCUAGUGCUGCGCUCCAGAGCAAUGUAGGUUCCUAA